UGGUAGCCCUUGGGGACCUAUGGGUACCCCUAUAGGAUAGCCCUUGGAGACCUAUGGGUACGCCUGCAGGGUAGCCGUGCGGAACCUAUGGGUAUGCGUAUAGGAUAACCCUUGGGGGCCUAUGAGUACCCUAUAGGGUAGCCCUUGGGGCCCUAUGGGUACCCCUAUAGGAUAGCCCUGGAGGAUCUACUGGUCCCCUAUAUAGUAGCCCUGGAGUCCUAUAGUACCUUUAUAGGGGAGUCCUUGAGGACCUGUGGGUACCCCUACAAAUAGCUCGGUUCGUUCAAAUGAGCUGUUCGAACAGUUCAGCUCAUGUGAACUGAGCUGUUUCAAAAGUUCGGUUCGCUCAAAUGAGCUGUUCGAACAGUUCAGCUCAUUUGAAAGGAACUGUUCGAAGACGGUUCAGUCCGCUCAGAAGAACUGUUGAAGCAGUUCUUUCGCUCGUUUGAACGGAGUUCGUGAGCUGAGCUUGUGUACCCCUAAUCACUAUGAGAAGUGUACUACGUUUCAUGUGAUUCAUUGACACAUUUCGCUGUUUCUGCACAUUAAGAUCGUUAGAGAGAAACAGAUCAUUUUUUUUCUAUUCAUGACGACUAUGACAAGUACAGAACGGAAAAAUCACAUGUAGUAACGGAAAAGCUGCCGGAUAGCGAUCCGUUAUAGACUGGAUGCAAUUUUUCUCGUCCAUAAUUGGUUCUAGUUACAAUUCAAAAAUUUUUAUUAUUUUUGGUGAUGCUUGUAUCACUGUAAUAGAAAUAAGUAGAAACGUGAAAUUCUAGUAUAGAGUAGAUCUAGACAUCUAGUAUAAAUACUGAAAAUAUCAGUCUGUUCGAAUGCAGAAACAUGUAAGAAAAAGAAUAUUUGAUGAGGGGAUCAGAACUUACGUGACACCCAUUAUUAUUUCAAAGUAAAAAAUUUCUUUGAUCCAUAUAUAAAACAAAAUGCACCAAAACAUUUACAACAUGUAUGGUUUUCUUCUCCGGGUUUUGCAUUUUAUGGUGUUCAACGUGAAUUACUUGUUGGUUCUUAUUCAUCUCUAAUUGCAUCACUUGGUAUUGCUUUAUUUGUACUUUUUCUUACAUCAGGCAAUUUAUUUAUUGCAGUUUAUGCUUUAAUUACAAUUACUUUUGUUAUUGCUGUUAGUGUUGCAGUAUUUGCUGCAUUAAAAUGA